AUGUGUGAUUUCGAGAUACUGAACAAAGAACGAGCUUUCUUGGGACAGGUGUUUCGGAAGAUUAUUACAAAUUUGGAAAUAGUUUCAAGUGGAAAAUCGAUCCAGAAAGAAGAGAUUGCCGUACUGCUUGACCAACUAGAAGACAAAGCUGAAACAAUAUCAAUUUUGGAUGAAAAUAUCGCCGAAGAACUCAUGAAGAAAAAGAUAAGCGAUGAAGAAUUCGAAGAUGAAUGGGAAUCUGUUGAAUUAUAUAGAAAUAAACUGAUCAGAUUCAAGGCAAAGGGAUAUUAUACACUCAAUAACCAUUCAAAGUCAACCGAUUUCAUGAGUGUCAGUGGAGAGUCAAGUACAAAAAGAAAUUUUCGACUCCAAAGAAUAGAACUGAAGAAAUUCAAUGGUGAUGUACGUAACUGGAUCGGAUUCUGGGGCCAAUUCAAAAAGAUCGAUGAAGGCGAGACCAUAGAUUAUGAAGAUAAUUUCCAGUACAUGCUUCAAGCAAUGGAAGAAGGGUCACAGGCAAGGAGUUUAGUUGAAAGCUUUCCACCAUCUGGAGAAAAUUAUGUGAAGGCUUUGAACCAGCUCAAGACCAGGUUUGCUAGGUACUCCUUCCUGAAACGAACUCUAAAAUUGUCUCUGAUUCUUUGUAAAUAUCUGUGUCUCUUCAGCAGAUGGUUUCUUUCAAUCAAGUCCAAAUCAGAGACCAGAAUCACGUCCGACCAUCAGAAUCUGGCAGAUGAAACUGAUAAUAAAAUAAAGUGGUUAAUGGUCCGGAGGUCGUUCUGCGACUACCGACCAGAGGUGUAG